AAGACAUUCAUUCUACACAGCAGCAGACAAGAGAUAGAGAAAUUGAUUGAGAAACCAAAAUGCCUGGGCGUCAGGAUAUGCCACAGCAGGACUAUUAUGAGAGGAAGGUGGAGGAACUUCAGAGGGUGGUCGCCCAGAUGAGAGGCGACAUGGAGAAAGUGAGAGCAGACGCUCAACACAAAGCAGAGUUCCAACACCAGCUCAUGGAGCAAGUGAUGGGAGAGUGGAGGGAGCAGGAGAGGAAGGGAGUGCAGGCCCAGAGAGAAAGGGGACAUCUCAGACAAAUCCUGGGAACUGUGAAAGACACCAUGAGAGUGGCAGAGACACUGGAGAUGGACAACAGAAGUCAGGGCAGUUCUGGGCCACAGGCUGAGAUGUGGCCAUUGGAUGAAGAACGCAAAAAGGCUCUGUUGAGGAGGGCUCGAGCCCUGAGAAAGAAGCUGGAUCAACGGAAGGAAAUGCAAAAGAUAUGUCACAGAGAUGACAUGGAGGAAACGAAGAAGCUGAUGCUGAAAAGAGCCAGGGCACUGAGAGCUAAACAAGAGAACAAAACAGUAGCUCAAGAGAGAAAGAUCAUAAACGAUAUGGCGGAAACAAAGAAGCUGAUGCUGAAAAGAGCCAGGGCACUGAGAGCCAAGCGCGAGAACGAAAAAGAAGCUCAAGAGAGAAAGAUCAAAAACGAAAUGGAGGAAACAAAGAAGCUGAUGCUGAAAAGGGCCAGGGAACUGAGAGCCAAACGAGAGAACGAAAAAGAAGCUGAAGAGGGAAAGAUCAAAAACGAAAUGGAGGAAACGAAGAAGCUGAUGCUGAAAAGAGCCAGGGCACAGAGAGCCAAACGAGAGAACGAAAAAGAAGCUCAAGAGAGAAAGAUCAUAAACGAUUUGGAGGAAACGAAGAAGCUGAUGCUGAAAAGAGCCAGGGCACUGAGAGCCAAACGAGAGAACAAAAAAGAAGCUCAAGAGAGAAAGAUCAUAAACGAUUUGGAGGAAACAAAGAAGCUGAUGCUGAAAAGAGCCAGGGCACUGAGAGCCAAACGAGAGAAUGAAAAAGAAGCUCAAGAGAGAAAGAUCAUAAGCGAUAUGGCGGAAACGAAGAAGCUGAUGCUGAAAAGAGCCAGGGCACUGAGAGCCAAACGAGAGAACGAAAAAGAAGCUCAAGAGAGAAAGAUCAAAAACGAAAUGGAGGAAAUGAAGACGCUGAUGCUGAAAAGAGCCAGGGCACUGAGAGCCAAACGAGAGAACGAAAAAGAAGCUCAGGAGAGAGGCCACUGAGGGCCCGGUGACCAAAAGACACACACACACGCACGCACGCACGCACGCACGCACGC